AUGAAUAUAAGUGAUCAUUUAAAAUGGAUGGAAAUAGAGAGACCCCAGAUGCCAAACAAGCUGAGUAUAAACAUCUUGAUGGCACCCAGCGUUAGUGUUAGAGAGGCAGAGGAAAUUAGGAAACCUUCAGUAGUGACAAUCGCGCCAGCUAAGUUGACGCCAUGUUUUCCGGUAGCCGAUGAGUCUAAACCCUCACCUCUGGAACCUCUAGGGCUAGUGCAAACAAAAGUUGCACCUGGAAAGAUACGAGAAAAUAUACCAACUACUUCAGUGAUAGAUCUCACUGCGGAACCUAACCCGAAAAGAUUGAAAACAGAUCCUUUCUCAGACUUCAGGAGUAUUAUAGAAUUACAGGAGAGUCUUAUAAAUUUACUCAAACAGAAAUUUGAAGCUAGUGAGUCUCUUACUAUGUCGUUCGUUGAAAAACAAAAGUUAUUCAAGGAAGUUGAACCAAGGUCAAAGCUCUUGGAGGCUGACAUAGCUAAGUAUAGACAGCAUCUAGGAAUACACACGCUAGAUUUUAAUUCAGAUAUCGGAUUCCAUACCCCACCAAUACAGUCUACUCAAUUACAACAUGUGAUUUCACCAGUGCAAGCUGUCGGGCCAGAUCACUCUUUAAAGAUGCAUAUGAGUGAUCCCAUUGAUCAAAAAUUGUCACACCCAGCUACUCCUGCUCAUUCUGAUCAUGAGGCUUUUCUUGAUGUUCCAGAACCGCACACACCAUCUUCAAAUCUACAGGAGGCCAGACGCUACGUUCUCGAGCAGAAAAAUAACCGACACAAUAAAUCCAUGCAAAGGAGUUUAGAGGGUGAAGAUGAAGAUGAGGAUGAGGAUGAUUUUGGUGAAGGCGUUAUGGAAGGAUUAAAAACCCCUUCUCAAGACAGGGAUGAGAUAAAUGAUUUGCAAAGUUUCAUUGACGAUGAUGAAUCUUUUGAUGGUACAUACGUUGAGAAAAAUACACAAUCUUCGGAAAUUACGAAUUGUGAUGUGCAAACAGGUGAACUCGAUGACAUCAGGCUAUCACCAGAUGUGGCUCAAAAUUUCGGAAUUUCUUACAAGGACGAACCAGAGUCUGACAUUGAAGAAAUUGAAGGCACUUUUUCCACUCAAAUUAAUUGUGAGAGGGAACUAGUUAAAACUAGUUGCAUUGAGAUAAUUUCUGAUGAUGAGUCUGAUAGCAUUAGUGAGAUUCAACUCAAGGAUUUCGGAGGAAGUAGUACGGAUGAAAUUAGUGGCAGUAAAGGUACAAGGACAUCAAUUAGUACUCAAUCAAUUCCACAUCCAAUUUUAGAUAGUGACUUCAGUGAUGACGAUGAUGAUUUCAAUUUGAUCAAUUUUCCAACAUCUUAUAAAGAGAACAUACCGCCGGGGUCUGAACCUUUUAUUGAUGAUGUUUUUCAUGUUCUUAAUAGCGUAUUCAGGCUAGAAAACUUCAGGCAAAAUCAACUAGAAGCUAUAUCUGCUGCAUUGCAAGGAAAGGAUGUAUUUAUCUUGAUGCCAACUGGUGGUGGGAAGUCCCUAUGUUACCAGUUGCCUGCUUUAAUAAAAUCUGGGAAAACAAAGGGAACUACAAUUGUAGUUUCACCUUUAAUUUCAUUGAUGCAAGAUCAAGUACAUCACCUACUUCGCAGAAACAUUAAAGCGGGAAUGAUCAGCUCAAAGGCAACGCAUUCAGAGAAUAAACAAACAAUCGAAUUAUUCAAGAAUGGAGAAUUAGAUUUAGUAUACUUGUCUCCUGAAAAAAUAAACUCUUCAAAUCAAAUUCAAACUCUUAUAGCAAAGCUUUACCAACGAAAUAUGUUGGCGAGAGUAGUGAUUGAUGAAGCACAUUGUUUGAGUUCCUGGGGUCACGAUUUUAGACCCGAUUAUAAGGGAAUGAGUUUAUUCAAACAAAAGUUUCCCAGGGUUCCUUUAAUGGCCUUGACUGCUACUGCAAGUGAAAAGGUUAGAAUGGACAUAAUACACCUUCUUCAGAUGAAUGAUCCAGUCUUCUUGAAACAAAGUUUUAAUAGGACGAAUCUAUUUUACGAAAUCAAAUGGAAGACGUCAAAUUAUCUAGAAUGGAUAAGUGAUUAUAUACUCGUCAAACAAAAGGGUCGUACUGGAAUUAUAUACUGUCAUUCGAAACAAUCUUGCGAACAAACAAGCGAAAAAUUGAAUAAUUGGGGCAUUAAAUCAUCCUAUUAUCAUGCUGGAAUGGCGACUGAAGAUAGAUUUGAAGUACAGCAUCAAUGGCAAACAAACAAACUUCAGCUAAUCUGUGCGACGAUUGCAUUUGGAAUGGGUAUUGAUAAGCCAGAUGUUAGGUUCGUUAUUCAUUUAUUUAUUCCACGUAGCUUGGAAGGAUAUUAUCAAGAAACCGGGAGGGCUGGCAGAGAUGGAAAUCAAUCAGAAUGCAUAAUGUUUUAUUCAUAUAAGGAUGCGAGAACCUUACAGAAUUUAAUUCAUAGAGAUAGCGAGUUAAGUGAAGUCGGUAAAGAAAACCAUUUGGCCAAACUUAGACAAGUCAUUCAGUAUUGUGAAAAUACGACUGACUGCAGAAGAAAGCAAGUUCUUCAUUAUUUUAAUGAAUCUUUUAAUCCUAUUCAAUGUCAAAAAAUGUGCGAUAAUUGCCUAAACUCUGCUGACAUCAAAACUGUUGAAAAAGAUUGUACCGAAUACGCUAUAGAUAUUAUAAAAUUGGUAAAGUCUCUACAAAAUGAGAAAGUAACUGUACUUCAUUGUCAAGAUGUUUUCAAAGGCUACAAUAAUAGCAAAAUAACUAAUGCUGGUCAUCAGUUUAAUUCUUUUCAUGGUAGGGGCAAGAUGUUGGAUAAGACGGAUGUUGAAAGAAUCUUUUUUUACUUAUUGAGCGAGAACUGUUUGAUGGAGUACCAAGUUAUGAAGGCGGGUUUUGCUUCAAAUUACGUUAGAUUGGGUAAGCUAGCAAAUGACGUUUUGAAUGGUAGGAAAAAAAUAAAAAUAAAGUUCACAAGCAAAUCUAAAACAAAUGAUAGCGGAGUUUUUAAGGCUAGUGGAAAAAUCAAUCAGUUAGCUCCCAAAUUCCAAGAAUCAUUUGUUUCAGCGAGAGAAGUAUCAAGGACAUCAAGUGUGACAGAUAAUGAUCACAUUAAUUUUUCGUACACUGAAUUAAACAAAAUCAGAAUUGAGAAGCUGAUAAAUGCUCAUCUUCCCAUCAGUCAAAUCUUGAAAGAAUCUACUUUAAAAGAUAUGGCUUCAAAAUUGCCCACGAAUAAAAGAGACUAUGCAAAACUAAUAGAUAUUGAAAAGGUUCAGCAAGAAUAUUUUGCAGACUUCAAGAAAAUGCUAGGUAUAUUGUCCAGAGAACGCAAGAGGAUAAACUUAGGUUCGAGUAACGUCUCUCCUUUCUUUAGUCAAUCAGUGAAUACUCAAAAAAAGCAAGCCAGACACAGCCAUUCUCAGAAUGGGUCUCAAAAACUGAAGAAAUCAUUUAAAUACAAUCGCAAGGCUUUUAGGAAAUCUAGUCAAAAUAUCAUGGGCUCACAAAUGUCAAGAACACAAAAGCUGAAACCAACUGCAGUUGGAAUGCCAUUGUAA